AAAUCUCAAAAUGUUAAUUGGAAAGCCCAAAAAGGAAUAAGAAAAUAUGUUAUUAAAAUUAAUAAUAUUCAGCCUAAUACUUUUCAUAAUUAUAUAUUGGGUUUUGCCAACCAGCAUCAGUUGGUAUUUGGUGAAAAAAUUUAGAGUCAAAGUUCGUAUUGGACGUAUCAGUUUACCUUAUCUGGCCUUAAAGAAUGUGCACGUCAGCAAAAGUGGCUUUUCAGUGCAAAUCGAAGAAGUCUGUCUGCGUAGCAGUUUCUUCAAUACCGAAGUCACUAAGUUGUUAUCGAUUUAUGUCAAGGAUAUACGAAUUAAUAAGGAUAUCCAAACUAAGAACGAUGAGCAUAUCGAGGAGUUUGUUGGACGUUCACGCUGCAAAACGGACGGUGUUGUAAGUAACGUUCUCGAUUUUCGCCAUGCGAAGGUACCACCUAGCAUUUUGACCUUUGCCCAAUUUAUGGCUGUACACAUUAACAACAUAUCAGUGGUGCUGAUGAAUAAUGAUUUCGAUCCGGGAUGGUUUAUACAUGCUAUCGCAAAGGAACUACAUUUGGAUGGCAGUAUUGUGCAUAAUGCAAAAACAUUGCUAGUCAAUGUAGCUCUCAACGAGGCGCAGGCUAAAAUUUUACGUCACUGCUCGAUGCGUCGUCAGUCUUUGGAAAAUCUAAACAGAAUCCGUCCAUGUCUGGGCGAAAUAAGUUUCGAUAUUGCCUUAGAUGCCACCUUGUUUGCUCACGAUCCGUUAUCGGUUGAUACCUUAACCGUUGAUAUGAAUAGAGCUAAAUCUACCAUUCAUGGAGGACUUUAUGAUUUCUUAAGUGAAGCGAAAAAGAGUACUAAGCCUGAAAACCAAUUAUCUAGCAGACAUCACACGGAAUUUUCUAAAUCAACUUACAGCAAUGAAUCCUAUCAGAAAAUUGCUCCCAUUGUGCCCAAAAAUUUUAAAUUUAUUAUUAAGGCGGCUACAUUUUCGGCUGUCAAGGAAAACUCUCAAAAUGAUUUUAGCGCUAAAAUGCAAUUGUUUAGGAUCACAGGAAAAUUUAAUUCAAAAUCAUUGAAUGAGUUGGCUAACCUACCUACCUUGUCCUCGGAAAUAAUGUUACAACACUUGGAUAUUGAUACCAAAUAUGAAAAAUUGUUAUUUAUAGAACAGUUUAGUAUUGAAUCAAUGCUACAAAACGAUAUUUUGAAUUUGUAUGUAAAAUUGAAAACUUUUCAAAUUAUUUAUAAUCACAUUGAGAUUUUUGAUUGGGUGCAUAACAAUUUUUUAUCACGUAAGAAGCAAAAGCAGCAACACCGUGGUCAACCUUUAUUGUUACAACAAAAAUCUUUACCCAAUCAAUUGGGCGCUUGUUGGCCUAAUAAGUCUAUGAAAAGCGAGAUUUUGCAAAAAGACGAAGAAUUUCUACGCAAUAAGGGUUUAGUUGAAUGGAUAAUGAAACGUGUGAUUAUUAAGGGUUGCGCUGAGUUCUUUAACGUUUCUAUGCUUAUGAAGUUGGAUGAUGAAUAUGCCGCCAUGAGCGUUAGUCAUACGCGUUUAGUGUUGGAACAAAUCGAAGAGAAGCGAAGUUCUUUGUAUGGCAAUAAAUUGCUAAAUAUGUUAUUAAACCAACGUCAUUGGAGUGUUGAGCUAAUGAUUGAGUCCCUUUGGUGGUCUUUGGCUAAUUCCAUUAAUGAUACUAACAAUUUAAAAAAGUCACAUUCGCCGGGUUCGCCGUUCUUUUUGGGUGUCAGUUUAAUAAAAUUAAGCUCUUACUCCAACGCCACUAAACUGGAAGUUUCCAUACACACUUUACGCACCGAAUACAGCAUGACUUUGGCAAAAUUUAUGAUUAAAUCGUUGCAUUGUAUUAAGCAAUAUGGAGGCUUGAAAGCAGUCGCAACUAACAGAGCUACGUUGGAACAGUGCAGUAGCACAAACGGAGGCUUUACAAAUUUAUUAAUUUCGGCAAAGAUUAAGGACAUUACAGCAUAUUUUAUAAAUCAUUAUAAAGCUUGCUUGCUGUUAAGUUUUUCGGAAAUCACUUUGUCGCGUACACAGCAAUUUUGUCAUUUAAAAUUAGAAGAAUUCCAAAUGGCCAUUAUGCGUUCCAUGACGGCUUCGUCCCUGCGUUUAACCGAUUUUACUGAUAUAUUUGCCAGUUGUAAAUUAAUACGUUUGGAGUAUGAAAGGCAAGAAAAUCGACGUCCUAAACUUACGGUUUAUAUACCGGGCAAUACAGAGGCCAUCUGGAACUCUAAUUUGCAUAUGCACACUUUGACCUUGAUUCGUAAUAUGUUGGAAUUGAAAAAUGAUUUAUCAUUGCGAACGGGCCAACAGCGUAACGCUUUCGAUCAUCAGGAAAACGUAGACAAUGCAGAAUUAAAUGCAGAAUUAAUUGUCGAAUUAGCUGCGGAGCGCAGCAUAAUAUUUGAAAUAAAAUUGUCCGAAAGGCAUUCUAUGCAAUGGUUUGUUGAGAAUUUGUUGUUCAGUUAUAAGGACGGAAAUUUAAUAUUAGCCGAAAAUAUAUUUAUUAAAAUUGAUGAUCAACAUAUAUUUACAUUAAAGGACGUUGAUAUACGAUCUCUAAGUAAGUUAGAUAUGUUAAUGGACGAAAGAAUCAAUUGUGAGGGCUUUAUAUGUGCCAGCAACAAGGUCUGGGUGGCUACUAUAGGAGCGUUUAAGGCCAUUUUUCCAUACGAUCAUGAUUUCUAUGACGCAGUACAAAAUCAGUUUAUCUCACAUUUCAAGUGGCUAAAGAUGAUGCAUAACUAUAAGAAGAAACCGUUUACAGCUCUAUCCCCAUUGCCCAGCGAUUUAGUCAUAAAGAUCACCGAGUUUUUAGUAGAGAUUAGUGAUGAUCCGUUCGAGGUUAAGUUACGCGAUAAUUAUGUAUUGUUGGUCGAUGAAUAUUUAGAGAGUUUGAAACGUAAAGCUCUAUUUGAUAAAAAGAUAGAGCAACGUUACUCGGAACGCCUACUAAAGCCGGCCGGUAAAAUUGAAAGCCUUUACGCCAAUUUAGUGGAGAAAAAUUCAGAAAUCUACAUUCAACGAUCUAAAAAGAUCCGUGAAAGUGGACCAGUACGUACUCGAUUGUUAGCAUGGAUAAUGACCGAUGUGGAAAUAUUGGCUAUGGCUGAUCCUUCUAUGCACGGUACCGAAAAUGUUACACGAAUUAUGAGAGAAAUUGAUUCGGAGAGUCCAUGGCCGGAAGAGGGUUUAGAGUUUACCACGUUAUGGUGUCGUAAUGUUCACGUUAGUCUUUCAGAAUGGAAAUUUAUGCUUAGAGAUUUUCCUCAGCCUAUGUUUUAUGUGAAAACGAUGCAUUUGUUUGGUAUUUUAUGUGGUGCAGAACAAGCUGCUUCAAAACGAGCCAAACGUGAUGUUUACAUUGAAGUUGGUGAGCCAUUUGGCACUGAUGUCAUACAGCGCAGUAUGACUGCUUUGAAGUUCUAUCACGAUUUCAAUUGUGAUUUGGAAUUUUGUAGUUACGCCUUUGGUCCCUGCUGGGAACCUGUAAUGGCUCAGUGUAAUCUGAGCUUUGAAAAAAUCUCGGCGCCAUCCAAAGACCCUAGUCCACCACUACCUUUUUGGGAUAAAAUGCGUCUACUCUAUCACGGACGCUUAACGAUGAUUGUUAAACAAUUCACAGUACUAUUACAUGCGUCUCUUGAUCCGUACAAUACUACCGAAGAAAUGGAAUUGACUUGGAAUAAUGCCGGCAUAGUUUGGACAAAUGCAAAGAUUAUGUUUAGAGGAGAACUGAAUGUUACCGUACGUACUGCGUCACGUUACGAUGAUUGUCGCUUAUUGCAUUUUCCGCAUUUAAAAUUGACUUUUAAAUUAAAGUGGGUUUGUCUGGCUAAUCCUAACGAUCAUCAUGCCGUUAUGCCUUGCGCACCCGACAAAUUGCCCGAAUAUUCCAGUAAUCAGGUGCACGAUUCAUUUCGGGCUUUUCGCUCUCUUAACCUCAACAUUUGGAUAUCGUUCGAAACGAAACCGAAACCGGGGGAGGAAAUUGAAAUAGACAUACCCAGUUUGGUGUUGUAUGGCAGCACUUUGCGCUGGUUUGAAAGUUUAAAACUUAUUUUAUCGGGAGUUACACGGCCAACGCGGCGUGGUCCCGUUUUUAAUAAUAUAAGGCCACGUAAAAAACAGCUGAGCCGUCAUUACAAAAAAGCAAACUUACAAAUGAGUUUACAUCGUUUUCAAGUUCUCUAUUGGAUGUCUCAUGCUCGUCACAAGGGCUUUCAGUUAAAUGGAGGACGUGUUUCUUUUGGUUCCGAAUAUUUAUUUACACUCAGCCCAUUCAACGAUGACUUAAUACAUCGGCCUAGGGCUGAAUGGUCUAUUGUUUAUAUGAACUGCGAGUUAAAUGAUGCGGAAAUUUGGCUAAAAUCCAUAGAGCCGGAGAAGUUAGAUAGCAGCUCCGAAAAUAUCGCCAGCGGCGAUACAUGUAAAAAAGUACGAUUUUAUUUCUUGAGCGUAGCUAAAGUUUCAUAUGGCCGCGAGGCUCUUAUACAAACGGGUAACGAAGAAGAGGCUAAAUCUAAAUCCUCUACACCCACUCAUAGGUUGGUUGUUCACGAUUUAAAGGGCGCCUGGACAAAGAACAAUCGUGAUGUGGCCUUUGCGUUAUUCGAUUCGUUUAUGAAAUCCCAAAAGCUGAAAAAUAAUCUCUCAACCGAGGCUGUGAAAAGUUAUCGAAAAGAAGGAAAUACUAGUCUUAUGAAGAAUAAACGCACUGACAGCACUAUAACCUUGCCGAAUAGUUCGAAUGAAGUGUUACCACUUACGAAUACCAAUACAACAAUUAAGAAGCCCCAACCAGCUAGUCAUGCCACCGCCAUGUUACAGCAGCUAAUAGCCGAAGCUGAUCAUAAAUUUAACGUGUACAGUGACGAUCAAAGUACUCAGUCCAGGGAGCUACAGUUGCAAGGAUUGCAAGCAUGCUCUGCUCAGGAUGUUAUCCAUGAAAAUUGGUCCAUAUCAUUGGUUAAUUCUCAGGUACUUCUUAAAGGUUCGGAGACGUAUGGUUAUGUCAUAAUAAGUGCUGCCAAAGCGGAAAUACUUCAAAGAGUGCAUCGGCCUGUGUGGCGUGAUCGUUCUCUAGUGUCGAAGACUACUUGGAAGGGAUUGCUCGAAUGCAUGCAGUAUUAUGCGACCGUUAGCGCUGGUGAACACGAUUCACUAUUGGAACGCGAAAUUAUGUGGUUGACUGUGGAAAAUAUACAAGAUAAAGAUGAUACCGUAAUCAAUGACUUGCCGGAUAUACCAUAUUUAGUAGGUAGUGGUCGAAGUGUUGGAGGGGUAGUGUCGGAAACAGUUGGCCCCACUUCAAACGAAAAUUCUGGAGAAUCGCAGCCUAUACAGCUUCAGCGUAUUGUUUCGCGUUGUAAAUGCGAAUUUUUCUAUGUUUGUUAUGGUGAUACCAUAGAUCCAAACACAAUUACAGAUCUUCCACAACCACCUUCCGAAGAAACUUUAUCGCCAUGGGAACGGCAGGAUGAUCCCGUCGAUGCUUUUACUCUAAUGCAUCACGAUUUGGAUGUGUGCACCAAUUCCUUGCAAUACGCCAUGAUUUUGGACAUCGUAAACAAUCUUUUAUUAUAUGUAGAACCGCAACGUAAACAGGCGUUAGAAAAAUUAGCACGAAUGCGUUUUCAAUUGCAAUUGCACUCGACGGAAGAUCAAAAGAGGCCCAUACAGCAAAAGCAAACUCUGAUACGUAGUUUAUUAAUAAAAAUACGUUCGCUUGAGAAGGAUAUUCAUUUUAUAAGUCAGAGAGCUGAUGAAAGCGAGACCAUGGAAUGGAAAUUGGAAUAUGAACGGGUUCAAAAAUUAAUACGCGAGAGUAAAGAAGAGUUGAACACCUUUAGCGAAGAAUUGGAUAUGAUGUUGUUGUGUUAUAAAGAAACCCAAUUAUCGCAGCUGAGCAAAAUACAAUCUAAUGUACGAUCAGACAAAACCGUUAGUAUUGUACGGGCGAAUGAAAUUUGCUUUAAAAGAGCUCAAUGGCGUCUAACGGAAACCGAUGGCCAAAUUGGUAUAGCCGAUUUGGUUUUAAGCGGUUUUUUGUAUACGAAAAAAUCGAAAAGCGAUGAUUCCGUCGAACAUCUAUUGGAAUUGGGUAACAUUCGUAUGAACAAUUUAAUACCAAGUGAAAUAUAUCGCGAAGUGUUAGUACCAACUGAAAUACAAAAAGAUAUGCCCGUGGAUACCCAUAAGAGGGUAUUACGUGUCUUCUGCCGUGAAAAGCCACCCGUGGGUGGCAUUUCUGUUAAGGAACAUUUCGAAAUUAAUGUAGCUCCAAUUACCAUAGCUAUAACUAAAAAAUUUUAUAGUACUAUGCUCAAAUUCUGUUUUCCCGAUCGUGAUGCUUCUGAAACAGAGACUGUUGACGAUUUGGACGAGAACUCUUCGGGAUCGUCGACAUCCUCAGCUGCACAAACUGCAAAAACUUCAAAAAAACCUUCGAAAUCGAAAAAGUCAUCCAAAGACUCUGAAUUUUAUGUAAAAAUUGAAAAAGACGAUGUCGAAAAGAUGAAAGAACGAGCAGAAAAAAAUAAAUUAUUUAUUUAUAUUAAAAUACCCGAAGUACCAGUUCGAGUCAGCUAUAAGGGUAAUAAAGAGAAAAAUCUCGAAGAUAUUACUGACUUCUCAUUAGUUAUACCUACAUUGGAGUAUCAUAAUGUUACUUGGACUUGGUUGGAUUUGUUAUUAGCGAUGAAAUCAGUAAGUCGUCGAGUGAUAUUAUCGCAAGCUAUAAAGCAAAAAUUGCAAAUACAUCGCCGAUCCCCAGCUACUUCUGCCGGUGAAUUUAAUUCACCUCAAGAAGAGGAUAAAGCGAAAAUGUUAUUUGGCAAUCGUUUGGCGGGUGAAAAUCGUAGCCAACGUAAAGGCGUCUUCAAGUUCUCUUCCAGCAGUAAAUAGAGUUUACGCGACUCUAAACUUCCUCUAAGACGACACA